AUGUUGAGCAUUCUGGGAAAGGUCUUUGCCAUGAGUGGAACAGAAACUUCACAAUCUAAGGAGCUGAUCAGAGGUAAAUGUGUUAUAAGACAGAGGUUACUAGAUGUGUUGUUUGACUCGGGUGCCACGCACUCAUUUGAUUUGGAUUGUGUGAAAUGCUUAGGUUUGUCUGUAACUGAAUUACCAUGUAACAUGGUGGUGACUACCCCUACAAGUAAAUCGAUUGUAACCUUAUUGGCGUGUCUGGGGUGUUCUGUAAUGGUGCAUGGUAGGGACUUUGAGGUGAACUUCAUUUGUUUGCCUCUUUCUCAAUUGGACGUGAUUUUGGGAAUGAAUUGGUUAUCCACCAACCAUAUUUUGUUAGACUGCAAGGAGAAAACCUUGAUCUUUGGUGAGUCAACAUUAGAAAUUCCUAGACUUUUAGGUCAAAGUGCGUGGGAGAACACGGUUAAUGCUAAGACCUUUAUGGUCAUGUUCUCACUAGAAGCUGAAAGUGGGGUAAGGCCAGAGCAUAUUCCAAUGGUGAGGGAUUUCUUAGAAGUUUUCCCUAAUGAUGUUUCAGAGUUGCCACUAGAGAGAGAGGAUAGAAUUCACCAUUGA